GAGGCUGUGCUGGGGUGAGCGGAGCGCAGGGCGCAGGGGCUGGACCUGGCGCGUCUGAGCCAAGCUGAGCGUCCUUUGUGCCGGGCGGGCGACCGCCCCGGGAUGCAUCCGAGCUAGGAGCCAGUACCUGAUGUUUUCCCCAUCUGACGUACGAAGAAACUGAGACACAGAGAAGCUAAAUUAUUUGCUCAAGGUCACACAGCAAGGAACAGACACAGAGACAACUCCAGGUCCAGGAUGGGGGCCAUGCCUCUCUGGGCCUCGGGCCUCCUGGUGCUCCAGAUACUGCUCUUGGUGGAUGGGGAACAGGGCACACAGGACACCACUGCUGUUGCCACGGCUGCUGCUGAGAAGGGGCUCCGCAUGCAGAAGGUGGGGUCUGGUUCUGUGCGAGCUGCACUGGCGGAGCUGGUGGCCCUGCCCUGCUUCUUCACCCUGUGGCCACGGCUGAGUGCAGCUGGAGAAGCCCCUCGGAUCAAGUGGACCAAGGUGCACACUGCAUCAGGCCAAUGGCAGGACUUGCCCAUCCUGGUGGCCAAGAACAACGUGGUUAGAGUGGCCAAGGGUUGGCAGGGACGUGUGUCUCUGCCCGCCUAUCCCCAGCACCGGGCCAACGGCACGCUGCUACUGGGGCCCCUGAGGGCCAGCGACUCCGGGCUCUACCGCUGCCAGGUGGUGAGAGGCAUCGAGGAUGAGCAGAACCUGGUAUCCCUGGAGGUGACCGGUGUUGUGUUCCACUACCGGGCAGCCCAGGAUCGCUAUGCACUGACCUUUGUCCAGGCCCAAGAGGCCUGUCGUCUCAGCUCAGCCAUCAUUGCAGCCCCACGGCACCUGCAGGCUGCCUUUGAGGAUGGCUUUGACAACUGUGAUGCAGGGUGGCUCUCUGACCGCACUGUUCGGUAUCCUAUCACCCAGUCCCGUCCUGGUUGCUAUGGUGACCGUAGCAGCCUUCCAGGGGUGAGGAGCUAUGGGAGGCGCGACCCACAGGAACUCUAUGAUGUGUAUUGCUUUGCCCGUGAGCUGGGGGGCGAAGUCUUCUACGUGGGCCCAGCCCGCCGGCUGACCCUGGCUGGCGCUCGUGCCCAGUGCCGCCGCCAGGGCGCCGCGCUGGCCUCCGUGGGCCAGCUGCACCUGGCCUGGCACGAGGGCCUGGACCAGUGCGACCCGGGCUGGCUGGCCGACGGCAGCGUGCGCUACCCGAUCCAGACGCCGCGCCGGCGCUGCGGGGGCCCCUCCCCGGGCGUGCGCACCGUCUACCGCUUCGCCAACCGCACUGGCUUCCCGGCCCCUGGAGCGCGCUUCGACGCCUACUGCUUCCGAGCUCAUUACCCUACUCCACAACAUGGAGACCCAGAGACCCCCUCAUCUGGGGAUGAGGGGGAGAUUCUAUCGGCAGAAGGGCCUCCAGCCAGAGAACUGGAGCCCAACUUGGGGGAAGGGGAAGUGGUCACCCCUGACUUCCAGGAGCCGCUGCUGUCGAGUGGGGAGGAAGAGCCUGUGAUCUUGGCAGAGAAGCAGGAGUCUCAAGAGACCCCCAGCCCUGCCCCUGGGGUUCCCACACUGGCCUCAAGGCCUUCCCUGGAGGCUAAGGAGGUGUGGCUGAGCACCUCGACCCCAUUCUCCAGCAGCCUGGAGGAAGGCACUUCAGCUGGCACGCACAGCAAGGCGACUCCAGCCAACCUCAAGCCCAAGAGGCGGAAUCGCUUUAAAGGGUUGAACGGGCGCCACUUCCAACAACAGGAAUCCCAGCAAGGGCUGGAGGGAAGGCUUGAGGUCAGUGCCCAGCCUCCCACCCCAGAGGCUGCUGGGAAUCAUGUGGAGCCUCCCCUGGCCACCGGAGCCACAGACUCCUUUGGGAGUGACAGGAGCCAAAGCCCCUGGGCUGUGCUGUCCAAUGAAGUGGAUGUGCCUGGAGCUGGUUCCCCUGGUGGCAGGAGCCCCCCAGAGCCCUGGCUGUGGCCCCCAACAGUGGUGCCACCCAGCAUCCCAGGCCCCAGCAGGGCCUUUGGCCUCGAGUUGGAGGAAGCCAAGGGCCCCGGUGUGAGGCUUGAUACUCUCAAACUUCCCUGGUCCCCCUCAGAGGCCACUGCUCUGGCUCCCAGCCCCUCAGAAGAACCCAGUAGUGUCCCCUGGGAGGCGUCCCCCAUGGUCACUUCCCUAGACCUCCCUGUCAUGGCCAUGCUUCGUGCUGCCAAAGUGUGGCUCCUACCACAUCCUACACCCCUCCCUACCCAGACCAAUGAGGUUAAGGGUCAUAGUGAGGCCAUGGCAUCUGCCCUACCUUCCCUGGCCUCAGAGACCCAGGCUGGUCCCCAGGACCCCAUCCAUCCAGAGAUCUAUUCCUUGCCCCCCUCCUUGGGCCUGACAGGACAAGGUCAAGAGGCCAUGUUCCUGACAUUCAGUGACCACAGAGCAGGAAGUCCCACAGCCCUCCCACAAGUAGCCACGGUUACACAAACCAGAGCCAGUCCUAAUGCCCCCAGGGCAGACUUUGGAGAAAUUGGGGGGACCAGCCCCACUGGACUCAACAAAGCUGAGCACCCCAGAUCCAGCCCACAGGCUUCUGUGGAUUGGAAUGUGGCAGCAGAUUUCACCCUCACAGAGAUGGCAACUGAGCCCACGGGAGGGAGAGGAAUCUCAGGGUCUGAGUAUGGGGUCCUCUACACAGCAGAGAGUCCCACUUCCAGCUCACAGGCCCCUGUGCAAGAGGCGCAGGGCACGAGCCCCUCACUGCACAUCAAAGAGCUGGACCCCCACACCCCCUCUGCACCGUCGGGGGACCCCAGAGUUUCCCUGAAUUUGGAGCCUUGGGCUGCUACAGAUGAAGGAGGUACAGAGGGUCCCACGGAUACAGCCACAGUGGACCCCAGUGAUGCUGGUAGGAUUUGGGAAUCUGGAUCCCUCAUGGUUGAAGGAGCUGAACGCCCCACCAUGAGCCCUCAAGUGGCUGUGGAUACGAAUGUGGUGACGUUCCUCGUGUCCCUGGACCAGGGGGACAAGGGUGGGGUCCUGGCCACGUCCACUAUGGACUCCUCCAGCUCCCAACCCCACCCAGAGCCAGAGGUGGUGACCCAGGGAACACUGGAAGCCUUGGCCCCUCCGCAUGAGGGCAUCCCCCUGGGGGAUCCCACUCUUCCUCCUUGGACGCCUACAGUGGCCAGCAUGGACGAGCCUGUGUCAGUGUCCUCAGGGGAGCCAACGGUGCUAUGGGACUCCCCCAGCACUCUGCUGCCUGCCUCUCGGGUCCGGGACAAGUUUGCGCUGGAGGUCCUUGCAGGAAGUGCUGGUGUGGAGGAGGCAUCGAGCGGAGAGGAGCCGGCCCUGCCAGGGGCCCCUGCAGAUGGGAGCGCAGAGCAGACCCCCUCGGAUCCCUGCGAGAACAACCCUUGCCUACACGGGGGCACCUGUAGAGCCAAUGGCACCGUCUAUGGCUGCAGCUGUGACCAGGGCUUUGCUGGGGAGAACUGUGAGAUCGACAUCGACGACUGUGUGUCCAGUCCCUGUGAGAAUGGAGGUACCUGCAUCGAUGAGGUCAACGCCUUCAUCUGCCUUUGCCUCCCAAGCUAUGGGGGCAGCCUCUGUGAGAAAGACACGGAGGGCUGUGACCGCGGCUGGCACAAGUUCCAGGGCCACUGCUACCGGUACUUUGCCCAUCGGCGGGCGUGGGAGGAUGCCGAGAGGGACUGUCGCCGCCGAGCUGGCCACCUGACCAGCAUCCACUCACCUGAGGAACACAACUUCAUUAACAGCUUUGGGCGUGAGAACACGUGGAUUGGCCUGAAUGACAGGAUCGUGGAGAGGGAUUUCCAGUGGACGGACAACACAGGGCUGCAAUAUGAGAACUGGAGAGAGAACCAGCCAGACAAUUUCUUCGCGGGCGGGGAGGAUUGUGUGGUGAUGGUGGCACAUGAAAGUGGGCGCUGGAACGACGUCCCCUGCAACUACAACCUCCCCUAUGUCUGUAAGAAGGGCACAGUGCUGUGUGGUCCCCCUCCAGCAGUGGAGAACGCUUCGCCCAUCGGGGCCCGCAAGGCCAAGUAUAAUGUCCAUGCCACUGUACGCUACCGGUGCGACGAAGGAUUUACCCAGCACCACGUGUCCAUAAUCCGGUGCCAGAGUAAUGGCAAGUGGGACUGGCCCCAAAUCGUCUGCACCAAACCCAGAAGGUCCCAUCGGAUGCGGCGACACCAUCACCACCACCAACAUCACCACCAGCGCCACCACCACAAAUCACACAAGGAACGCAGAAAACACAAGAAGCAUCCGGCAGAGGACUGGGAGAAGGAGGAGGGGAAUUUCUGCUGAAGAACCAGGCAAACGAAAGCACAACCCCCUUCUCACGCCUCCUCUGGGGCCUUCGCCUGGGAAGAUAGAGCCUAGAGAGAAACGAGAGGGCCCGGAAGCCCCUGAGCCCCAAGCCCCCUCCCCCACCUUUUGUAAAAAGCUCCUCUCUCCUCUUUCUUACAUACACAGGUCCUCUUGGCAGGCGUGGCCAUGCGUCUGAAAAUCCAGUUCUAGUCAGGCUGGACUCUGGGAGAAUCUCAGUGGAAGGAAGCACAAUUGGCAAAGAUGACUCUUUGCUGCACUUGUUGGCAAGGCUCACUGGCAGUUGUGGAGAUAAGGCUUUGAUGAGGGUGCAAGAGUGUCUGUUUGGAUCUGCACUAAGGAAUUGCUUUUCCUGCCAGAUCCAGGCUUUGUAAAUUGUCGGAUGUCCUAAAUGCAGCCUGAAGCCUUUAGUGACUGCGUUGGGAAUCAAAAACUACGUGGAAGCACACCGCUUGAACUUGACAACUGCUCUUCCAUGACCUUGGACUUGAACCCAAGUUCAGCCUUUGGUCUUGGUGGGUAAACAGUCUUGAACUCCUAUGUACUGAAUGUUGGGGAUGUUUUUAGAACAGCUUCCUUCCAUGCCCUCAGAGUUAGGGGUCAGAAUAGUCAGGGCAAUAUGUGGGCAAUGACCGGAAGGUAUUGCUUAUUCUCCCAGGUCUUGUCCCAGAGCUGAGGUUUGGUGGUUCUGCAUGUGUGGUGACACACACACACACACACACACACACACACACACACACGGAUAUUUAGGGCUUGACAAGCCCAGAUUUCUUCCCCCUCCAUCUCUCAGGGAGACGAAGAACCUCCUUCCUGGACCAAGGAGGUGCCCAGUUUUCUAGAUCAGUGCCCGUACCCAUCCCUCAAGCAGACAUUGCUAGUGCACUGCCCUGGAGCCCACUCCUAUUGCCACCCCAGCCCUGUCUCCAGUCAUUGCCUGGAAGACUAGAAAUGCUUACAGAUUGAAGUAGUGACAUCUACCUGCAGUCAUGUUGUAGAGGGAUAUAGUGUUAAAACUGAAACACACACAUUUUUCUCUCAUAGUUUUUUUUUUUUUAUAACACUUUUAUUGAUUUCAGAGAGGAAGGGAGGAGAGAGAUAGAAACAUCAAUGAUGAG